CUUUGACUCUAGGGUUUGACCAUUGAAUUAAAAAAAAAGGAAACUCUAUCUUCUCUGUCUUCUCAUGCUCACUCCUCCCAUUGCCGCCCAGCCAGUCCGACUCCGUUGGCGUCAACCGACCCACCAGCCCUCCUUUCUCAACGCUAAGUCUCAAUCGUUCUUUCCCAUUCCCUCUCUCCAUUUCUCUCACUCAUGGCCACCCAACCGUAGCAAACGCCAGACUUUCGCCCAACUCCGCCGCCGUCCCUGUCUCCGCAGGCCACGACCACCGCACGCCGUCUUCGUAUAUCCGCCUUUGCCCUAUCCGCCACAGCCCAGAAUCGCCGCUGACGUUCUUCAAGCUCGUCGCUGCCGCGGUAACUUCUCGUCGAUCGCCGGCGCUGUUUGUUCUCGUACUAGUUAAGAGUUUCUGAGGGAUUUUUGGGUUUCAUUGUAAUGACUUCAGUUAGAGGUCUUGGAAAGUUGGGUAGUUACUAUGAUUCUCUAAUUGGAACGACGUGGAAUGCAUUUUAUGGAAAUCACUAGCUAGAAGCCUAGAAAAGGAAACAUAAUUCACUUCUUCACUACUCAAAAUUUGGAAGCAGUAGUCGCCGUAGCCAAAAGGAGAUGGAGGACAAGGAGAAGAAGGGGCUAGAAGGCACUGGUUCGUGUCUUCCAGUCAAUCACCAUGGCAACUUGAAGAGUGCUUCUAGCGAUCAAGAUUUCAAGGAUGUUCUUCUUCAAAUCAAGUCCUCCAAAACCACUGCAGUUAUCAAUUAUGGGGCAUCUUGGUGUCGUGUGUGCAGUCAGAUUCUUCCAGCAUUUUGUCGAUUGAGUAACAAUUUUCCGAAAGUUUCUUUCAUCUAUGCAGACAUUGAUGAAUGCCCAGAAACAACUCAACACAUUCGUUACACUCCGACAUUUCAUUUUUACCGUGACGGUGAAAGAGUGGAUGAGAUGUUUGGUGCUGGGGAGGAACGACUGCACGACAGGUUGUGGUUGCACUCUUAAAGACAAGAUAGGUUGAGCACCAUAUUAUUAUCCCUAAUUAUUAGGAAGGAAUGCGCACUAUAUAGCUACAUUGCUAAUGGCUUUGUUUUGGUAUUUGAUCUUCAAAGAUUGAGCUUGUUUGUUGAAUCUCAUUUUCCUUGAUAAACAUAAUGGUUUGAGCUAGUUUUUCCCCUUUUGAAGGCAUGUAGAACAGUUACGGUUGUCGAUGUUAGGUUUGUUUUGAUUUCGAUUAAGUUGCUACAUGCUCGUCAUGUAUCGACUCCUGAUCAAAGUCAAGUUUUAAAAGAACUGAUACCUAUAUAGUAAAUUUAUAAUGGGUACGUAAUUUCGUCUUA